AACACGAGUAAGGUGUAUACAGGGCGAGGUAGCAAUGUCAUAAAAUUUUCAACAGCAGGACAUCACCCUUUUUUUGGGACUGUAGGAAGGCGUUACCAUGUCUAACAGCGCAACAGAGUGCCCCAGCAAUGGCAUAGAGAGUCACUCUAUUAGCCAUGGCUCUCAAAUGUUAGCAGAAAAAAUUGCUGAUCACAUGGAAGAAAUUAACUCUCCUCGAUCUAUUGAAGACAUGAAUGAAAGUUUCAACAGGUGUUUAUCAUCUCCUAAUCCUUAUGACGCGGUGAAAUUCAAAAAUGCAUUAUUCAAAGCUGCAAGCUUGAAUGACUGUGACAGAUUAGAGGCUCUCGUAGAGCUAAUCAAAAGAAAAGAUAUCCCGAUUACUGACUUUUACAGAGAAGGCAAUGAGACCCCGCUCCAUCAUGCUGCGACUUUCAGCAAUCACUCUGUCAUGGAAAUCCUGGUGACAGAAUAUCCCGAUAUGGUUCAUGAGCAAAGAAAUAAAGGUGCACUUUACGCCGGUCAAACUGCCUUACACAUAGCAGUAGCGAGGAGAGAUCUCUAUGCAGUGAAAAUGCUCUUGUCCCGUGUUUCUCUGGCAACUUCGGACCAAAACUGUGUUUCAGGCGUGGAUGACAAGAAGAAUACAAAUAAAACUAAAAAGAUAAGAAAUAAAGAAACGCUGCUGCAUGCCAAAGUUGUAGGGGAUGAAUUUGUUGGUACUUGCAUGGAGGCAGAGCUUGUCCUUGCAAUAGCAGCAUGGAACGCCGACUUGCAGAUGGUACGAGAACUGUUAAAUCAAGGCGCUCUACCCUACAAACGGGACAGUAAAGGGAGGACUGUUUUUCAUACACUUGUGUAUCUCGCUUCUAUGGAAGGGCCAAAAAGUUCUGGCGUCGUUUCAGAAUCUACACAGAAUGCAAAGAUGUCCAGUCACAAAUCUAACAUUAUAAAGGAGACGUUACGCCUUAUCUCAUCAUUGGAAAAAACAAAAACAGCACACGAGAAGUUAGGCAAAGUCACAGAUAGUAUUUCAGACUCUUUGUGUGAAGCGGGUCCCUCUAUUGAGAUCACUGACAAAAUCAAAGAAGCUUUGAGAGAACUUUCAUCUGUUGGACAUUAUACUGCUUCAAAAACUAAAGUUAUCAAAGAAAAUCUCUCAACACUUGCUUCAAUGGAACAAGUUACCACACCCGUUGAAAAUGACAACCGUGACAGAAUAAAAGAGACGUUUCAGGAAUUGCUUGACAAAACAGACAUCUCAGACAUGCCACAAGUCUUUGCCUCAGAUCCGCAGAAAAAGCGAGCUUACAUCCAAGCUUACUUGUUAUCUCUACGCGACGCCCAAGGAUUGACUCCCUUAACACUUGCAGCAAAGCUCGGAGUACAUGGUUUAUUUGAGCAUAUCAUCAAUUUAGAAAACACAUACAAAUUUUUGGAUGAUACCGAUGGGGUGAAUGACAUUUACCUUUAUGAUGUCACUGACAUAGAUAGUGCAGUUCGUUUCAAUGACAGGACAUCAGCACUGGAGAGAAUUCCAUUUGAUAAACCCGAAGAGGCUUUCAUUUUCAUGGAACUGUCGCCCAUUCGCGAAAUGGUGUCAGCGAAGUGGAAGGAGUACAGGAAAUAUUAUUUUUUGUGGGGAUUCUUUCACUUAUUGGCCAUGGUAGCGAUAACAUUAUGCUGUUGUUUUAGACCUCUUGAUCUAGAACCCCAGUCUGUUUUGAAUCCUAAUGUUUCUAGAUCAAUUGGCCAGGCGGCUUUUUCACAUCUGACACAAAUGUAUUCAAAACCCAUUGACAUAUUGAGAGCAACUUUUGAGAUCAGUUUUGGCACAUCGUGCUUUUUUAUCCUUUCGUUCGAAGUGAUAUACGAAACCAUUAUCCACAAACACUUUCCAUUCAUCAACAGAAUUCUUGGAAACGGUACCUAUAGGCUCACUUACAUAGCGUUUACUUUUUCUACCGUUCUUACAUUUUUGUUCAGGCUGUUUGCAUAUCACUACGAAGAAAUUCCUAUGGUGGCAAUGUUAGUCUCGGGCUGGUACUUUACACUUUUCUUCACAAGGGGCUUUAAAAAGUUUAGUUUCUUUACCGUCAUGAUCCAGAAAGUCUUUUUUGGGGAUCUGUUUCGUUUCUCAGUAGUGUUCAUUGUUUUGCUAUCGGCGUUUUCAUCAGCUAUGUUUGUUAGUUUCCAGAAUGUUCCAGAAAAAAUCCCCGAAGAGUUUGCAGACUAUCUCAGCACCAUAUUUACUUUGUUUAAACUUGCGCUUGGUUUGGCCGAUAUUGAAGUUCUCAGUCAAACAAGAAGGCCAUGGCUGACAAUUGUAUUGUUUCUACUUUUUGUUGUUUUGGCAUACAUUUUACUCGUAAAUAUGCUAAUCGCUCUUCUUUCCGAAACUUGUUCUGUAGUUGCAAAAAACAAAACAGCCCAGUGGAAACUGCAGAGAUUAUCUAUCACUCUCCUCAUCGAAAGAAGACUUCCAAAAAGAUUGCGAAAAUCAUGCGGGACCGAAAAGUAUUUGAAGGUCUUUCGAAAUCCCCCUGGUGAUGGGCAAAUGGAUGACCUUGUGCAUCAGUCGGCUGCUCUUGCUAUGUCCUUCCUUCGUAUACCAGCCAUGCAGAAACGUAUAUUUCAGAGAGUGAAAGCGGCCCCUAGCUCAUCAUCCAACUCGUACGUUACGGCCUUGAACAGAAUCACUACAGACUGGUUGAAUAGAAUACAUGCAACGAAUUUUACUUCUCGAGAGACAAACAAUAUGAAUAAGAAGACCACUGCAAGAAAACAUGUCAAAGCAAAUGGGGUGCUGAAGAAAGCUAUAAAUCAAGUUCUACCAAGCUACGGCAAUGUUUCAACUUCGUCACCAACAGAAAAUUGUUUAAAAACUAACAACCUGACAGUUUCCGUAAACCCGACUGCUAUGGCAAUAUCCAUGCGAGAUAACAUGCUGUCCACAAUUCCAAAACUUAACGAUAGCCUUGAAAUUGCUAGUGUAGACAAAAACAUAGGUGAAAAUCUGAAAAAAGGACAACAAACCAAACAAGAGCAUUUUCAAAAGGACCUGCAUGAGACUGGCGAGAGAAGACGUCGGGCGAAGAAAAAAAAGAGCAAACAAAAAAACCAAAGAAAUGAAACUAAAGUACCAGCAUCAACAUCGUUUAAGCCCACAGAAAACGUUAAUGAGGUGGGUUCAUCUCCACAAAAUCCAUCUGAAAACAAUCUGGCCACAAUCAAUGCAGAACAAGAGCGGUCAGAAAAUGAUGAUGACCAGUGCGCCAAAGAAUAUGGAGAGGAGGAAAGUCAAUACCAUGCCAAUGAACUUAAACAACAGAUCAAUCAGAAAAGCACUCUGACAUUUCCGUGUGAAACCAAUGCAGUUCCGAAAGAUGUCAAAUCAAGACAUAAAGGAAAGCAUUUAGAAUUAAGAAGCCAAAUGGUGUCGACUCUUCCACAGGUUGAAAGCACUCUUCCUUUUGACCAAUCUGUGACAAAUACUGAAUUUUGGUUGAAAGACAGUCAGCAGUAUUCAGAAAAUGAAAAAGCAUCUUUGCUGUCUGAAAAUAACACAGAUCAAAGUGCCAUGGAAAAUUAA